AUGGGAGCCUUUGCGGAGCUCAGAGCUACAGCAGCGCUCCGCACGGCCCCUGUCUCAGCAGAAAGCAGCCCGCGUUAUGAGCUCCGUGUGGAGGCUCGGAGCAGUCAGCGGGGGCCCCCAGCUGGGAGCUCCGACACGCACGCAAUUACAGCCACCACACAGGGAGACACCGCGGGGACAUGUGACCUCAAUAUCCAAGCACAACUACAUCACAGAGCGCAGAGCCGGUGCGGGAGGGAGCCAGAGACCGGGCUAAGUGAGAGGCUAAACAUGCAUUCAGGGGAGGGAUCCUCUGUUUGA